GUGCGCAAUUUGAAUUGGCGUGGGGCGGGGUGGGAGUGUCUGACGGCGGUGGAAGUCGGGUUGGGGUCGAGGUGAGCAAACGCGCACGGCUGGGUGCGUGUGCGGAGCGGCCGCUGUCAUUCCCGCAGCGCUGCGGAGGAGCCCAGCCCGUGCGCCAUGUCCCUGGAGGAGUCCCUGCGUCGGAGCAACGCCCGCUUCAUGGCCACCAUCAACAGCAUCUUGGAGAGGUAUAAUCAUCCUUUUGAAGAUGAUUUACUUAUCUCCAUGGAAACUCUCACUUACAGUACGCCUGACGGACCAAAAUCAUGGGAGGAUGUGUCAACCGAGGACCUUAGAAAAUGGCAGGAGGAAGUAGUUGAGUGUAACAGAGGAAGUGAAAGGAAUGCAGAAAUGUCAAAGCAAGAUAACAGUGAUUUUGAGGAUGGACAUUCAACGGGACAUCAGAGUGAUACCGAUACAGUUUCAGUAAAAAGAAAAUUUCAAGACAUUCACUUACAGAAUCUGCAUGUACGUGAUGGGAGAAUACAAGAGAAAGUAAAAGUGGAUGUGAUAGUUCAAGACAAUGUUAGAAAAAUUCCCGGAUGGAUUAUGAGAGAAUGUCAAGGUUCGUCAAAAGGUCUGCAUUUAGCUUCACCAGUGCAAGAACUGAUUGGUACAGCUAAAUCUUUUGGAGGCAACCAAGCUGCUGUUUGCAGAAGGAAAGUAGAAUUGUCAAAUGAAUGUUCUUCAUCCAGACCUCCACAGUUAGGAUUUUCUGAUGUUCCCAUAUCAACAAAGACAAUCACCAUACCCAGGCAUCAGACUUCCCCAGAACUGAAUAAAACUUGGUGUGAUAGUAUCUUGGAAGAAUACCAGUCUGCAGAUGAGGGAUGCUCCUGGAGCAAUGUAACUCUUGCAGACUUGUAUCCAGGGAUGUUAGAGUUACUUACAAGGCUCAUGACAAAGCAGACUCGGAGAAAAGAGUCAAAAUACAUGUUUGGACAAUUAAGGCACAGAAGACACCCUUCUGGAAGACCAAAGCUCAGUGUCACCUUAGUCAAAAUAAGAGGGUUCAGACCUCCUAAACUGAAGCGAGCACAGCCUAGCAUAUGCAGCAGUAGACAUGAAGACAUCCAGAAUCAAACUUUUGGAAAUGAGAAUAGAGAACUUCGUGAUGACAAGAGGUCCAUUAAUAAGUUGUCUGGUGUGGUACCUUAUUCUUACAUUGAUACAAAUGAAAUCAAAAUGGACUGCUCUGACUCAAGUUUAGUACCUAGAGAAGGCCCAAAAUUCUCCAAACGGACUGUUUUUCCUGAUGUUAUAACUGCAAUGGGAGAGACGUUUCUAGUUGAAGAUGAGUUACAGACUACUGUCUUACUUAAUCCAAAAUGCAAAGAAAGUGAAAAAUUUGCUUACCAGUGUCCUUCAGAAUACUGUUUUAUAACGUCUGCUGCCAGUUCAGGGUCAACAGGACUUCAUCCGGUAAAAGAGAGUAAAACUCAAAAAAAUUACUUUUCUUGUGGUGAUACCUCAGAGUUGUGUUCAUCUACUUGCAGGUCCUAUGGCAAUAGUCAUGCUUUUACACCUGUUGCAAACUGUUCUCUUGCAAGAGCAUCAAAUACUUUACUCAUAAAUCCUGAAAAAAUAACCUCUGAAAGACAAAUUCCUUUCGAGCACAAGCACUUAUUUUCCUUGUUGUCUACAAAGCAGAGUCCUUCAAAGAUGCCCCAGAAAUACAAAGAUGCAUUUGAAAAGCUCUACUACAAGCUGUGUCCCCAAGAAAUCCAAAAGCCUUUGACAUUGACAAGAUCUCUUGCAAAUUCACAGAACCUUGAAGAUAAAGGAAGAUUAGUGAAGAGUAAUUUAAGUCAUUCUGUGAGGUCCCAUACACAGUGUGAUAGAGAAUUUGACAGGUUUAUGAGCAAUUGUGUAGUGGGGGUGUUCCAAAACUUCCUGGGUUUCAGAGAGCUUCAAAUUUAA